AUGAACGUCGUGGAGCUUCUCGAGAAAAAACACUUUAAGGCCAUAGAGAGGAGCGUCAAAAGGAGGAAGCUGAAAAAGUACUUCUUCGCCCUUUCAAGGUUUAAUAGUCUGUAUAAGGGGAAGAACAAAGCUGUGGGGAAGCUCUGGAGGGACAUUUCAUCUGGGGGGGAAUACCUCGACACGAUUAACACUUUCGCAUUUGUGAAUUUUAAAUAUGUAUGCGAAUUUGUGAAGCGAUUGGGGGGGGGGAGUCCUCCCGAAUGGGUGGAUGGACAGGAUGGGUUGCACUCAUUGGAAUGGCCAUACUUGCCGCCUGCUACUUUGGGGGGUGACAUCGAGAGAGAUCCCCAAAGCGUUGCGGAUCUUUUCCUCGUACAGUUGUUCCGUGUGGUGAGGCUCCACGCGAGUAUGAAAAGGUGGCGUAACCGUGCCAACACUAAAUGUGAAGUCCCACUUGAAGGAGCAUCCAGAGAUGAGGACAAACCAAGUAGGGACAUACCCCACCUAUAUGACCUUAUCUUUAUUAACCAAAAGAGAGAGUUUGAAAUUUUGUUCAGUUUGGUUCACCCCCUUGUGCAUAAUAUAUAUGCAACGAACCUCAUCGCAGACGUGAUGAUGACGUCCACACCCAUAGACAUGGACAAGUGCUACAUGCAGUUGCUCCUUUCUGUGUUGCUUCAUCUGUACAAAAAAAAAAAAGACAUCCUUUUUUUUUAUUUUAUGAUAUACAAAAAAUGGAAGGGAGUGAGAAAAAACAUUUCCAACAGGAUGGAAAUUAUUAUCGAAUGGGAAGCAAUAAAACUUCUUGUCAGAAAGAAUAAAAAGGACAUUUACGAUUUUAAGUGUUUGCGAUAUUUCCUCCUUAACCUGUGCGAUCGUUCUGCUAUUCAUCGAAUGGUGAACUAUGCCUUCUCAUUUUUACGUCAUCUUUUUUUAUCCCAUCAUCCAAACACUUGGGAGAUGGAUUUUUGGACAUACAGGAAGGAAAGCAACUAUUACGAGUUUGCCUUUUUUCUUUACCUUUCCGUUGAAGAUCUGUGUGACGCAGAGUUAGUGUUUUUUGUCCCUCCCCUCGAAAAAAUAAAGAAAUUACUCCAAUGUGAACAGCCAACUUGUGCGGUGGACAUUUAUUUGCUACUCCACUUUAUCGACAAAUGUGACUGCGAGCUUUCCGUCAAGUUGAGACUCAUUUUGGUGUCGCUCAUUCGAUGUGCCAGUUCUCCUGACUUGUUCAGGCAACAUGAGGAGAGCUUCUUCCGUGCUGUGGUGGAGCCCGCAAGGGCGCAGCUGCUGGCUGGGUCACUCCCCGAUGAGCCGCCAGCUGAUGAUCCGCAACUCGAUGAGCGGCAACUCGAUGAGCGGCAACCCAAUGAGCCGCCACCGCGGCACCGCCGCAUCGCUCAGUUCAUUUCCAGCUACCUGUCCGAGAAGGACGACUUAAUCAUGCGGACCACUAAAAAGGACUCCUUCUUCAACGCCGCCUGCAUAGUUAAGUACAUCCACGUCAGCUGCUACAACAUCGUUAACAACAGGAAGGAGUACACAGUGAAGUACGACAAUCUAGAGAGUGAUCGAGAAGCCCCCACGGCGCACCCCUACGAGUACAACCUACACAGCGAUGUGACGAGUUACAAGAAUUACUUGUCGUCCAGUGUUAAUGGAGACACAUGCAGGAAGUAUGCAACGAUUGUAUCGAUCCUCCUGCACAUGAAUCUACUCCGGCUGAGUGACAUCUGGAGCUUCACACUGACGAAGUUGGUGGAGAACAAUGUAUUCUUCCAGAUAAUGAAUUUGAUACGGCUGCGGAGGAAGAGCUCACUUUUGUGCCUGACCAUUUCGAGCCUCCUGAAGGUGCGCUACGAGGCUGUGCAGGAGUACGCGCGCGCGGAGGGGGGCGCCACGGUUUCGGGCACAGUUGGAGGAAGCGUUGCCGGUAGCGUUGUCGGCAGCGUUGGCGCCCGUUUGGGUGGCGGUUUGACAGGAGGCUUCUUUGGCAGCUUGUUUGGGAGCUUGUCUGGAAGCUUGCCUGACGAGUUGGUUGACUUCUUGGAUGUUGACCCGGUCUGCCACCUGCGCGGAGAGUUGCGUGGAGACUUGUUUCCACCCGCGCUGACCAAGAGACGCGCUCUUAGGAAAGACGUGCUGGAGUACGCAUCUAACGAAAACAAGCUGCUAGAUAUCCUAUGCUACCUCUCGAUGAACAUAAAAAAGGACCUCCUCAAAUUGCCUCUAAUUAUUCUAAAAAUUCUUUUUAAAAAUGUCCUUAAAUAUCUGUCUAAACCCCUGCACGAUGUGAAGAAGAGCAUAAGCCAUUACUUCGAUAGAAUGUCCUUAAGGAUAGGAGCCUACCUUUUUGAGCUCAUGCACAUAAUGUCCAGUUCGAUUUACUACCAAGGGGAAGUACACUCCAUAGUCCAUUACCGGAAGAAGUUUCACCUCUUCCCUGUUUAUUUCAUUUUGGUGGAUGUUUAUGUUAAGUUUACUGAGAAGUACAGCGAGAAGAACAACGCUGUUUUUCCCUCUCUUCUGAGUUACACUUUUGUGCAGGGCUUCCUCUUCCUUUUUGACUACCCCAGAGGGACUUCCCUCAUGGGGAAUGGUCUCUCCAGGAGGAACAAAGUUGAGGAUGCUCUUAAUCCAUUCCUUCGCAGGGGUAAUGAGAGUGGUGCACGGGGGGGGAAGAAGAAGAGCCAAUUGUUGAGCCGAGUAUGCAGCGAUUAUCCUUUCACCUGGAGCGGUAGCCAAAGGGGAAUCCCUCCCCCAAGUUCCCGAUUAACACAGAUGGAUGAUAUGAACCUAAUGAAGCAAAGUCACUACAGUUACGUGGACUUGUCGCAGAUAGAGGGGAAAGGAAAGAAAAGAGGCAUCGACUCCGUCGGAAAGGAGAAGAGUACCUUCAAUGAAGCGUACUCCCAACACAUUGUCUCCAUUACGAAGAGAUUUAUUGAGGCAAAUAAGAAUGAAGUAUCCUGUUAUUUUUACACUCUCCUGAUGUUUGCCAUUGCUCGAGUCCACACGUCCGUCUGCUACCGAUAUAGGGAAAUUAACUACCUAGUCAUUUUGCACGUCCUUCCAUGGAAGACUUGCUUGAAUUUCUGCAGAACGGACUCUCAACUGAGUUGCUUUUUUUUCCAAAAAUGGUACGAAUGCGUCCAUGCGUUGCUACCCGAGAUUAUCCUCACGCAGUUUUCUGCAGGGGUGAUGGGGGACACUGAGAUGAUCGAUGCGGAAGAGGAUGGCGACGACGGGUACAUCAUCCCUUGUGACGUCGUCGACACAGGCACAGUUGACCCUUUGGGAAGUUACUCCCAUCUGGAUGCUUCAAAUGGAUUAUAUGUCCAAAUUGUGAGGGCCAGAGAAGCUAUGAUGAGGCUUCUCCUUAGUGCUUCGCAGGACUCAACAGUGUGUGCCCCGGAUGGAGCGAUCAUCAUGGGGUUAGAAAGCUCUCUGCUGCGGAACUGCCUGUUGGUGGUUACCUUCAUCGAGGUGAUCUUCUUGAAUAGGGGCGUCCCUCUGGGAAGUGCUUCAACUGUGGAGGGUGUCGAUGUGGGGAGUCCCCCUUUGGACAGUCCCCUUCUUCGCGGCGCGGUUGGGAAUGGCUCCAAUUCCGGAGGAGACUUCCCUUCCCGCAUGUGCAACUUCGCCCAAGUGAUGAGGGACCUCCUAGACGAACAACUCUGCGCGCACUACAUCUCUGUGUUCCAGAACCCAGUGAAUUUCUUCCUCAGAAUUUCUCCAAAAUAUGGGCAACUUCUGGUGAGGCACAAUUGCCUGGAUAGCCUGGUGAGUUUUCUCUUUAUAAAGCUGCAGAGCUAUCUAUCGCUGAUACCGCCCCGGCUCUGCCCGGAGGACUUCCUGCCGCUGAACGUGGAGGAUAUCACGGCCCUGCAGGAGACGGCCGUGGCCCAGUGUGUGCUCAGCCUACGCGGGGGAGAAGCAGACACGGGGUAUGAAGCGGGGGAAGAGGCAGACGAGCGGUACAAAGCGGAGGAAGCGGCAGGCACGCGGUACAAAGCGGAGGAAGCGGCAGACACGAGUUACGAAGCGAGGGAAGAAGCAGACGAGCGAAACGAAGUGGGAAGGAGAAUGAGGCCAACCGGGCCAAUCCUCGGAGACCUAAACUUCUUCCUAAAGAAAAUGGAUGCGCUCGUAAAAACGCUGAGCGCGAGCAGCUUGCAGAGUCUAUGCGAGUCGGCCUUCGACACGCGUAGCGCCUUCUACCUCUCCUUCUAUCUCCGCCCGGACACAUUCCAUACCGUGUUUCACUAUCUGGCAAACAAUGUGACGGCUAUCACCAGCGACAGCUUCAAUUUGGAAGACAAUCUCAACUACUACAAGAAAAUUUACAUGAAAAAAAAAGAACCCGUUUUGAACCCAUACAAUAUACUGAACAAGACGACUUUCUACACACAGAUGGUUGUUUUUUAUUUAAUUAUAAAUGCCAAUAAUGAAAGGAUGGAGGUGGAAAGCUACAAGAAGAGCUUGUGUUGCUGCUUUAAGGUUUGCCUCCAGGGAUGCUUCAAACCUCACAUGGACGACUUCGUUUUGUCUAUUAUGCCUACCAUGUUGCAAUUUUAUUACUUCUUUCCAUCUUUUAUCCCUGAUCUGUUGGGUGCCCUAAUCGAGAUUGAGAUGAAGGAGGAGAACGAGGUGCUGGGCAGGGAGCUGUCGCAGUUCGAGAAGCGCCUUCGUCGGGUGCUCGAGGUGUCUUACGUGCACAGUGCGAAGGGGGUGCAGCGGAGUGGUGGUGCUCACUCUGCUGGCAAGUGA